GCCCUCGUACCAUUUGGCCGCCUGUUUGACCUCCUGAACAGAGACGAAAAGCUCCAGCAGGAUGAGUGAGCGUUCUGGUGCAAGCAGUCUAGCAGCCAUGACGCUGGAAGAGCCAGGGGCUGAACAGGCAUCUCCCAGAGCCCAGGGCCCUCUCCGCUGUGGCCCAUGUGCGGUGUGGCCUCGCCAGCAGACCUGGCUUUGUGCCGUGCCCCUGGUAAUGGGUUUUGUUGGACUGGGACUCAGUCUCAUGCUGCUGAAAUGGAUUGUUGUGGGAUCCGUCCAAGACUAUGUCCCCACUGAUCUGGUGGAUCCAAAAGGUAGCAUUGGACAGGACCCUAUAUUUCUCUCCAAACCCAGUGCCAUGCCCAAGGGGCCCGACAUUUCCAUAGCCACCACUACUUCAGCUUUCUCUACCACAGCCAUGGUGUCGACUACCACGCCGCUAGCUGCGGAUGGUACGGCCCCGGCGCCAAGAACUCGAUCAGGGCCACCUGCAAGUCACUCAGCCAAUGGCAGCACCGCCAAUGGAGAUGGCAACCGCGCCCCACACCUUCACAACCGUGUUGGCACCCGCAUUAGUGGGACUGUGGUUACAACAUCCACCACUCGCGCCACCCGACUCACCCCACCACCCAGUGGUAAGGAGGUCACCCCUCGCAGCACUGUCAGAAAAGGAAGCAGCACUGGUAAUGGACGUAAUGGAGCCGCCAACUCAAAGCCAGGGCAGACCUCGGUCACCGUCACCACUACAGCAUCCACCACAACUACAGCUACGGAGAAGACCACCGCCAAGGCGCAGCCGGCCACCUCGCAGCCGGCCACCCCGGUCAAGCCCACGUCACGCUGGAAUCACGGGCGCCCGGGCAAGGGCCCCGCCACACGCCCACACCACCGCUUCCGAACACCAGUGGCCCCCACACUUCCCAGUUUACGUUCUGAGGUCUUCAAGCCAUGUGUGGAAGACAAGGACCUGGCCUUUUGUCUAAAUGAGGGAGAGUGUUCAAUCAUCGAAACCGUGGCUGGGGUUCACAGACACUGCAGGUGUAAGGAGGGCUACCAUGGACUACGCUGUGACCAGUUUGUACCCAAGACAGAUGCUAUCUUGUCAGACCCAACGGAUGAACUUGGGAUUGAGUUCAUGGAGAGUGGUGACACCUACCAGAGGCAGGUGCUGUCCAUCUUCAGCAUUGCCUCAGGGAUCUGUCUUGUUGGAGUGGCGUGUAUGGCUCUCUACCGCCGCAACAAAAGACAUAGAGAAAAACUCCAAGCUCAUUUCUCUGAUAGCCGCAGCCUGAGGGACUGCAGUGUCAACGCCUCUGGCCUCAUGUCCAAAUCUACUCCCAGGCUCCAAUACAGCUUUCAACUCCAAAAGAGCUGCGGAUCGUCUGUUAAGGGCAACAGCAUGGCACCAGGCACAUCAGGAGUAACCCCACCUAUUCUCAGCAGAGCGCUGUCUAAAGGGAAACGCUUCAGGAGUAGUUCCCUUUCACUUAGUCCUGCCCGACAACGGAGGGAAACUAAUUACUUCAGGACCCCACCCAUUUCUAGAGGGAAACAAAAAAUCUCGAAAAAUCUCAUUGAUGAAUCCAGAGUGAACGGCCUGGUCUACAAACACUUGCAGGAGGACGAUUCAACAGACAUGGAGUCCAUAAGAAGGUGUGAUUCUGCUAGUGGAAAGGUCAGUGCCUUUCUCGGCCGGACUUCACUCUCACACUUCGCAGCCCGAAAGGGAUGGACCGAAGUCCCAUGCACCCGUCUUGAUAAGGGAACAACCUACCUUCCGCCUUCCCUGCACACCCGUUCGGUGCCCAUCAUCCCCUCACUCCAAGCGUGUGACCUCCAGGCGGGGAAUGUGGACACCAGUGAGCGGAACCAAAGGGGGCUCCUCAAGUGGCACCCCGCGCCGGCCGGUAAGACAGCGAUGCCCAUCAGCGAGUCUUCCUCACUGCCCUGUGAGAAUGUUGUGCUGGAGCCUGGUGUUGUACCCAACAGUGUUAGCCCUCCUGCCACCAUCACAGUUACACUGGGGUCAGGGAAGAAUCUCAGCUCUGCACAAACAACCUGUUCCAUUGAAAUUGCUGUGGAACUCGCACAGGAAUUAAAACAGAAAAGCCUUUCCAGCUACAUGAAAAUGUCUGGCUCUCAAAGCCAGAUCCACCGCGGUGACACAAACACUCUCGAGGCUGGGGCUGUGCAGGAGUCGGAAGGAAAAAGUGUCCAAUAUUCUGCCGGAGUUCUGCUCACAGGUGCUGGGACCAGAGGUUUGAAGGCAGCGGGCCAAAGAGAAGCCCAGGGACUGUGCCAAGAUCAGAUGUCCCUUGUGUAUGGAAGCGCAAACUACUCCUUGGCCACCAAAGGACCAAGCUGCACAGGAACUGGAAACGCUUAUGUCAAGCCCUCUACAAGCUGAUUGGAUUAACUCUGUAAAGCUUCAAAUACACUGUUUUCCAAUAACUGUAUACCUUUUGCUGGUGGCACAGGAUGAUUAGCAGGUGGGACCGUUUGUGUGGCCACACAGAACAAGAACAGAUGGCUGUCGAUUUUGAAGAGACUUGAACAGAUUGAACUGUAGACGGAAAAAAAUAUUGACACAACAAAAGACAUCAAAUUAUAAAGCAACAAAGACAAACAAACACAUUGUGAAUAAAUGUGACUCAGUAAGGAAAACAAAACCGGGACUUGAGUGGGAGCUUGACUUAAAUAGUGUAUUGAAAAGAAUGCCACUAUUUAAAAGGAACUUCUACUUAGAAACCAAAAUAGUAUGUCAUCUCUAUGUUGUUUCUCUAUUGUAAAGAAAUGAAAUUAUAUAUGUCAUAUAAUAUAUGUCAUAUAGACGUAUAUAUAUUUGACAUACAAUUGUGACAAAAUAAAGACUAAGAUAACAAUGUUAA